GCACAAAAAUAAACAUGAUAUGUAAGCCAUGGUAUAGUUUUUCAUCUUGGAUGGAAGAUGGAAUAGGUGGGGUUAGUUCAAUUAAUAAGAAUUUUUGCAUUUUAUUGGGUAGUCUUAAGGGUUUGUCUCGUCUAAUGUACAUCUCCUAUUUUUUGUAAAGGACAAUUAUGAUUUUUUAUUUAAAAUUGUAUUUGUCAUUUUUUUAAAUGACAAAUUUGAUGAAAUUAUGUAGUUAUAAUUAACAAUAUAGAUUUAGAAAUUUUCUCUAAAAAUAUUUUAUAUUUUUUCCUUAGUAUGUAACUUAUGCACAAAUAUCAAAAUUACUAUGAAGGGUUUUAUUAUAACUUUGCUUAAUAAAAAUAAAAAAUAGAAUAAAUUUUAGUUAAAAAGGAGUAUGGAUAGAGCUCCACCCUACUAUUUUUAUUUUUAUUGUUGUUGUAUUUGAUCCUAGUAUUACUCUACUUUGUGAUAUAUAUUUUGUUGAAGGCCUUGCAGUACAAUAGGACUACUAGAGUUCUUAAUGAAGUAGAACUCAUUUCAGUGGAGAAAUUAUAUACAUAGGAGAACUGUAAAGUCAUGUGUUGUUGUAGUUAUAUACGUCACUCUGGAAUUGCUUCAAACUCCAAGGGACUAGAAUUUUGAAACAUAAAAGUUUCUGUUAUGUUCUGUUCACAGCCUCAACUUUUAAGUUGAACAGAUAUGGAAUCAACAGAUAAAAAUAAUGUGGCCUUCAAAUUUAAGCAAUUCGACAUUGUCAGAGACCCUUCAGAUCACUACUAUGUCAGGUCAAACAAACCCAAAAAGAACAAAGAUUGUUUCACAAAUGUAAACAAUUCUGUCCACAUGAAGAUUAUGAGAGAGUGGAAAUUCCUCCGAAAAGGCCUCCCAGAAUCCAUCUAUGUUCGAGCAUACGAGGACCGGAUUGACCUUCUCCGAGCUGUCAUUGUUGGUGCUCCUAGCACUCCUUACCACGACGGUCUCUUCUUCUUCGACAUUGCCUUCCCUUCCGACUACCCACACCAACCCCCCAAAGUAUAUUAUCGUUCACACGGUCUCAGAUUGAAUCCAAAUCUCUAUGAAAAUGGGAAUGUGUGUUUAAGCCUCAUCAACACUUGGGAUGGAAACAAGAAUGAGAGGUGGAACAGUUCUUCAUCGACAAUUCUUCAAGUUUUGGUUUCAAUUCAAGGGCUUGUGCUCAUUGACAGACCUUAUUUCAAUGAGCCUGCCUAUGCAAAAGUGAAAAACAAGAGUAAUAAGUAUUGGCUCGACAAAUCCAAUGCGUACAAUGAGGAUGUUUUUGCGCUGUCUUGCAAGACGAUGAUUUAUGUGUUGGGAAAACCACCUGGGAAUUUUGAGGGCUUUGUUUCUGAUCAUUUUUGUAAGCGUGGUGAAGAUAUUUUGGCAGCGGUUAAGGCUUAUAGAGAUGGUCAUGUGAUCGUUGGUUACUAUCGACAUGACAAUUCAUCUUCUUCUUCGCAAGUGAGUGUGUCGGAUAAUUUUGAGAGUAAUAUGAACAAGCUUUGUUUGGAGCUCAAGAAGGCCUUCAGAAGAGAGUUGAAGAUGCCAUUAGAUAUGGAGCCUGACUGGGUCGCAGAAAAUGAAUGGAAACAGGGAAUUUUAAAUAAAAUUAUUGCGGUAUUGAAGUGGAUUUGUGAGUGAAUUAGGUGAGAAAAUAGGAUGUAGGAUGUGAAACAACAGAGCGAGUGAAAGAAAGCUUGAAAUUUAUCAGUUGGAUUUUAGCUAUGGUUUUAGGACUAUGCAUGUCUCAAUUGGAUUUGAACCAUGUUUUAUCUUAACUUUUGAGUUCUUUUAUUUAUAUUUCACUUUUGAGUUUGAAUAAUUUACUAUUCAACUCAGUUUGUUUACAA